AUGUCUAAGCCUUCAGAUAUGCCGUAUGAAGAGAGGAAACGGCAGUAUGCCGCCAUGAGACGACAGAUUUACCGCGAAGCCCCUCCAGCUUUGCUAGCAAAAUACUCGCUAGCUCCAGAUGCUGAGCGGUUCCAGAUGCUCCGCCAGUGGAUGUUGAACCCGGACCUAGAUUCGAUCUUCGUUGAAGAAAAAUAUGUCCAAUGGACGGAAAGCUUGCGCAGCGACCGAUACACCACUGUGACACUUUUCCAGCUCGAAAAAUUGUACGGCAAGAGUAAGGAGGCCAAAGAGUUCAUCAAAGAGCUGAUCAAGGGACAGAAAGGCACUCCGCACCCACAGGCGCCGACAAGCACCAAGGGCCGGAUGUUCAAAGUUCUAAAGGAGGUGGUGGAAGAGAAUUCUCAAGGAAACCGGACUGACAAGCUGGCAUCGGUUGGUGGCCGCUGCCGUGAUGAAGGAGCGAAGAAAUUGUUGGCCCAACAGCUAGGGGGCCUCCAGGAUCCAGAGUUUCUCAACAUGGCCACUGGCCAAAUCAAAUCGAAAAAGAUGCCCAAGCAGAAGACACCGGAGCAGAUCUCGCAGUUCGAUCUCAAAGCUCUCCAAAAAAAGCUCAAAGGUUUGAUCAAUACGAUCCCGGCCAUCCUGAAUGACAUCAAGGAAUACAAAGUCCGCAACUGUGCUGAGCUGGAGGUCAACACCUUUGUCGCCCAGAUGAAGGAGAACAUCAAGGACGUGGAGAAUGAUGUGAAGGACGGUAGAAAGCGGAUUUCAGGUGUCAAAGCCAGUAAGAAGACUAAGAAGGCCAAAGAGUCUGAUCACGAGGGGGAAUCUUCCGGGGAAAUGUUUGCAUCGCUCUACAAGUACGAUCAAGAGUUGUUCCGGCAAAGGUUGCUGGGCCCACCAGGGGCCUUGGAAAAGUUUUGGGACACAAUGAAGGACACGACAUUGUUCAAGGAACAUCCAGUCCUAUCCAAUCCAGCACUUGUCGAGAUCACCCGGACAGAUUUAGUGUGGACAGGAUCCAACGUUGACGAAAGACUUCGCCUGGCCUUUCAUAGCUUCACGAGGAUGUGUAAGCUUCAUGGAGUGAGAAAUCGGGGACAAAUUUUUUGCGAGAAACAUUUGUAUCCAGCUGGCGUUCGAAGAAGCUAUCCAACCCUAGCCCAGAAACACUUCAAUGGGGCUGAGGGGGUGAUCCUUUGCCGAUUCUUGAAGGGUGUUUGUUUAUCGAUUGCCGAGAGCUAUCCUCAAGAUACUCAUGCAGCGUUACUCGGAUGCUUUAGACACUUUAGACACAAGUGGCACUUCUUUUAA